AUGGCCCCGGACAAGAGAAAACAAAAAGAUACAGUGAAGCAGGGUACGUUGGCAAAUAAGGAUGAACACCAGAGAACUGAGGAACCCAGGAAAAUAGAAACGUACCUGGUAACACUUCCAACUGCCUUGAAGAAGUUUGCAGAUAUCCCAGAUACGAAAAAGUUAGAUCCAGAUUACAAUGAUUCCUCGGAGGGGCCGUUUGGUUUGGGCCCUCUCGUUUUCCCUUGUUUACAGCGUUUCAACAACAUUGAGGCCUUCAUGUUUCUGUUCUGUGUAGCAGUCUUUACUCAUGGUAUGAUGUUUGCUCUUAUUGAUCUGACUUUAAAAGUAUUUGCAACUUAUUUUUCGGCAUCAAACACAGAGAUAUUCCUAAUGGAUUUUGCUGAUUAUUUUGCUGCUUUCCUGGUAGCAACGUUUGUAGGAUACUUUGGAGGUAGAGGAAAUAAGGCAAAAUGGGUGGCAGCUGCCACCUUUGUAACAGGACUUUCAGCAAUUGUUUAUGCUGCUAUUUUCCUUAAUUAUGAAGUUAUAAAAAUGAGCACAAUAAAAACAGAGGAUUUGUGUGAGGAAGGAAAAAAACCUAAACCUUGUGGGGUAACCAUAAUACCACACAAAUCAAUAUGUCUCAUUCUCUUCAUCUUCGGGCAGUUUCUUCAUGGAAUAGCAGGAAUGCCACUUUAUAUACUUGCCACAACCUUCAUUUUUGACCACGUUCCCACAUUCUCAUCUGGAUUAUAUUUAGCUAUUUCAGAUGCUGCAGUAAUGAUUGGAUACCUUCUGGGUUUUCUACUAGGAGUAAAAAGUUUUAUGUUGCCUGUAAAAGAAGUUAUAAAAUCAGUUGGACGUACUCAGUUUCAAACAUUGCAGAGUCAUUGGUGGACAACUUUCAUUUUCGUUGCUUUAGCCUCAUUUUGUACAUCAUUACCGCUGUUAUGUUUUCCAUCAAGUUUGCCUGGUGCACACAAGUUAAGACUUCAGAAAGCAAAGGAACCUCCCACCAUUGACAAGAGACUAAAAAAUAUGAAAAUUGGGAAUAAUUUGAAGAGUAUUCUUUAUGCUAUUUGGUGUUUACUGAGGAACCCACUGGUGUUGACCCAGACAUUCUGCAAAGUAACAGAGUCUGUGACAUUUAAGGCAUCUUUUCAUUUUAUGCCCCUAUAUUUACAAACUCAGUUUCUAAUAACGCCGAAGCAUUCCACUAUGAUCACAGGACUUUUUAUACUUCCAGGAUGUAUCAUUGGCCAUUUUGCUGGAGGUUACAUUAUUGACAAAUUGCAAAUGAGUAAUAAGAACAAAUUGAAAUUUAUAUCGGUGGUAUCUGUUGUAGCAGUUGCUCUUUUCCUAUUAACAAUUUCUGUGGCAUGUGAAACAGCAAAAUUUCAAGGAAUCAAUGAUGAUUAUGAUGGCUUAGGUAGACUUGGAAACCUCACAGCUCCAUGCAAUGAGAAAUGUGGCUGUACAACUUCUACCUAUAAUUCUGUGUGUGGAAGAGAUGAGAACCAAUAUUUCUCUCCCUGCUUUGCAGGGUGCAGAGCUACUAAAAGCACAAAGGAGGGAAAGACACACUACAAUUGUUCUUGCAUUAAAGAAGGAUUGACCGCUCCUGAUGAUGAUGGUCAAUAUAUUGAUGCUGUUUCUGGAACAUGCAAUACCAAGUGUCUUUCAUUACCUUUGUUUUUCGCUUUUUACUUUUCUUCAACGGUUUUUUCUAAUUUUGCUAGUAUACCUUCCACCAUUAUUAUCAUAGGAAGUGUACCUGCCAGUUGGAGAUCAAUGGCCUUGGGUGUUACAUAUACAAUUUGGAGAUUCAUUGGUGCUUUCCCUGUACCAAUAAUUUUUCCAGAAUUAGCAGCUCUAGCUUGUAAUUUCUGGGACAUUAAUGAAUGUGGAAUAAAAGUACGUUGUUGGAUCUAUAAGGAAAAACUAUUGGACCACAUAUUUCUGGGAAUAUGGUUUAGCCUGCAAGUAGCCACAGGCUUGCUUUGUCUUUAUGCGGUUUACAGACAUGAUUACGUGGUAAAAGAAACAACUAAGAAUCUGGAUGUACCUGUAAAACGUAAAAAAGCAGGAAAAGGAGGAAUAGAUAAAGUAGGAGGAGAAGAAGAAAUUUAA